GCCAUGUGAUACACUCCUCAACUUAUUGGCAGAGCAUGCAAUGCUAGCUUAUUGACUAGCCCUCUCUAUUACAAAGUUUGUUUGAAAAAACACCAUUUUAGCAGAAGGUUAACCCUGAGAAGAAGCAAGGUAUUCCAGACUGAGAUGGCUAUGGCCAAAAGAGCAUGAAGUAUUUCCAGGUUCCUGUCCCCUUAACAGUGUGGAGGGGAAGGCCACUAAAUGAAAUGGCUCGUAAUACAGCAAAAUUAAUUUAUACAGGGAGCAGAAUUGAGGGGGGGGGCAUGCAAUGAGUACGAGCAAGAAGCCAAGAUUAAGGCAGGUUAUUGAAUAUUAAUUCUUUGGCUAUUAAUCUCCCUGUUUCUAGAGAGGGAAGAACGAAAGGCCCAGUGCCGCCAGCUUAAUAUGAAUGGUGAAAACAAAUUAUCGCUAGGAGCAAUGUUUUUUUGAACGCUGGCAUUUGAUGACUCUCACAAGACAGUGGGAUUUCUCCGUUCUUUCAAGAGGCGCAGAGAGGGAACACUCUUGCCUUUUGUGCUGGGGAACUUUUGGGCAAGGAAAGAAUCCAGCAAUCUGACAUAGUUGUCAUUCAGUUGAUCCUUACGUAGCUUUGAGAGUGGAUAGUAUCACUUUGCCUGUUAGAAUCAGCUCAAACCACAAGGCUUACUAGCAGACAGCAGGGAGUAGGUCCUAUCCCAUGCCUCGCUUACCAAGGUGACAAUGAUUGCUGCCCAGAUUAGUAGAAGUUUGCAUCACCGCGAAUACUGGAAAACAGUGGAUAGCUUGAACCAUAUGUACAUUCAAUAUGCAAGGAUUUGGAUACCGGAUUCAGAAUUAGUGUGGAAGUCGGCAGAACUUUUGAAAGAUUAUAAACCAGGAGACAAAGUCCUACAUCUGCGACUUGAGGAUGGCAAGGAUAUUGAAUAUAAACUUGAUGCUAAGUCUAAGGACCUACCACCCUUGCGAAAUCCAGACAUACUUGUGGGUGAAAAUGACCUGACAGCACUCAGCUACCUUCAUGAACCUGCUGUUCUCCACAAUCUCAAAGUUCGGUUUAUAGACUCAAAACUCAUUUAUACAUAUUGUGGUAUAGUUUUAGUUGCCAUAAAUCCUUACGAGCAGCUGCCUAUCUAUGGCGAAGACAUCAUCAAUGCCUACAGUGGCCAAAAUAUGGGGGACAUGGACCCCCACAUCUUUGCUGUGGCUGAGGAGGCAUACAAACAGAUGGCCAGAGAUGAACGCAACCAGUCCAUCAUCGUCAGCGGGGAAUCGGGAGCUGGGAAAACCGUGUCUGCCAAAUACGCCAUGAGAUACUUUGCCACGGUGAGCGGCUCGGCAAGUGAAGCUAACGUUGAAGAGAAAGUAUUAGCUUCCAAUCCUAUAAUGGAGUCUAUUGGCAAUGCCAAAACCACAAGAAACGACAACAGCAGUCGCUUUGGGAAAUACAUUGAAAUCGGUUUUGACAAACGGUAUCGAAUCACAGGGGCUAACAUGAGGACUUACCUCCUAGAAAAAUCAAGAGUGGUGUUCCAGGCAGAAGAAGAGAGAAAUUACCAUAUCUUCUAUCAGCUUUGUGCUUCUGCAGCAUUACCUGAAUUUAAAGCGUUGCGAUUGGGGAAUGCAGACUAUUUUCACUAUACAAAACAAGGGGGCAGCCCAAUAAUUGACGGAAUUGAUGACGCUAAGGAAAUGCUCAACACUCGGCGGGCUUGCACUCUUUUAGGCAUUGUUGAUUCCCGUCAGAUGGGAAUUUUCCAAAUCCUUGCUGCCAUUCUUCACUUGGGCAACGUGACAUUCACAUCUCGAGACGCCGAUAGCUGCACAAUCCCUCCUAAACACGAACCCCUCAGGAUCUUCUGUGAACUCAUGGGAGUGGAAUAUGAGCAGAUGGCGCAUUGGCUUUGCCACAGAAAGCUCGCUACUGCCACCGAGACCUACAUCAAGCCAAUUUCCAAGCUGCAGGCUAUCAAUGCUAGGGAUGCGCUUGCAAAACAUAUCUACGCCAACCUUUUUAUCUGGAUUGUAGAACAUGUGAACAAAGCUUUGCAGUCCACUGUGAAACAGCAUUCUUUCAUUGGCGUGUUGGACAUUUAUGGGUUUGAAACAUUUGAGAUCAACAGUUUUGAACAAUUCUGUAUAAAUUACGCCAAUGAGAAACUGCAGCAGCAGUUCAAUAUGCAUGUCUUUAAGUUGGAGCAAGAAGAAUACAUGAGGGAACAAAUUCCUUGGACCUUGAUUGAUUUCUAUGACAAUCAGCCCUGCAUUAACCUCAUCGAGGCCAAAAUGGGAAUUCUGGAUUUGCUGGAUGAGGAAUGCAAGAUGCCUAAAGGCUCAGACAAUAGUUGGGCGCAGAAAUUAUACAAUACUCACUUGAAUAAGACGGCACUGUUUGAGAAACCUCGAUUGUCCAACAAAGCUUUUAUUAUUCAACACUUUGCAGAUAAGGUGGAGUACCAGUGCGAAGGGUUUUUGGAAAAAAACAAGGAUACUGUCUAUGAAGAACAGAUCAAUGUUCUCAAAUCAAGUAAGUUUAAGAUGCUGCCUGAGCUGUUUCAAGAGGAGAAGGCAAUCAGCCCCGCCUCAGCCACUCCAUCGGGUCGUAUCCCAUUGUCUCGAGCAGCUGUAAAACCAGCCAAGUCCAAAAUGGCCCAAGCAAGCAAGGAACAUAAGAAAACUGUGGGGCAUCAGUUCAGAAAUUCUCUGCAUCUCUUGAUGGAGACCCUUAAUGCCACAACUCCACAUUACGUGCGGUGUAUUAAACCAAACGACUUCAAGUUUCCAUUUAUGUUUGAUGAAAAGCGGACUGUACAACAGCUCAGAGCCUGUGGCGUGCUGGAGACAAUCCGGAUCAGUGCAGCUGGUUUCCCUUCGAGGUGGACCUAUCAAGAAUUCUUCAGCCGCUAUCGUGUCCUGAUGAAGCAGAAAGAUGUCCUCAGUGACAGGAAACAGACAUGCAAAAAUGUCUUGGAAAAGCUGAUUCUGGACAAGGAUAAGUACCAGUUUGGGAAGACAAAAAUAUUUUUCCGGGCUGGUCAAGUUGCUUAUUUGGAAAAAAUAAGGGCCGAUAAACUAAGAGCAGCUUGCAUCCGUAUCCAAAAAACUAUCAGGGGCUGGUUGAUGCGAAAGAAGUACCUGCGCAUGAGGAAGGCAGCCAUCACCAUUCAGAGAUACGUCCGUGGAUACCAGGCACGAUGCCUUGCAAUGUUCUUACGAAGAACCAAAGCUGCCAUCAUUAUCCAGAAAUGCCAGCGCAUGUAUGCUACCCGCAAACGGUAUCGACGCAUCCGAGCUACCACCGUUACUCUCCAGUCGUACCUGCGAGGCUACCUUGCCAGGAAGAAGUAUCACAAGAUGCUUUGGGAGCACAAAGCCACCAUUAUCCAAAAACAUGUGCGUGGCUGGCUGGCUCGCUUGCACUACCACAGGACUUUGAAGGCAAUUGUCUACCUGCAAUGCUGCUACCGGCGCAUGAUGGCCAAAAGGGAGCUGAAGAAGCUGAAGAUAGAAGCUCGCUCGGUCGAACACUACAAGAAACUCAACGUUGGCAUGGAGAACAAGAUUAUGCAGCUCCAGCGUAAAAUCGAUGACCAGACACGAGAUUCCAAAUCCCUGGUUGAGAAGCUAACCAUCUUAGAGGCGGCCUAUGCUUCCGAGACGGAGAAGCUGCGGAAUGACAUCGAAAGGCUUCGGAUGAGUGAGGAAGAGGCCAAGAACGCCACCAACCGCCUCAUGAGUCUUCAAGAGGAGAUCAGCAGGCUGAGGAAGGAGCUGAGCCAGAUCCAGACCGAAAAGAAAGCCAUCGAAGAAAAGGCGGGUCUCUAUAAACAAGAAAUGGACCAGUUGGUGCUUGAACUAAAAGAGCAAAACACACUUCUUAAAAAGGAAAAAGAUGACCUGAAUAGUCACAUCCAAAACCAGGCCAAAGAAAUUACAGAGGUCAUGGAGAAAAAGUACUUUGAGGAGACGAAACAACUGGACCUAGAUCUGAACAAUGAAAGGCAGAGAUACCAGAACCUGCUCCAAGAAUUCAGCCGGUUAGAGGAGCGAUACGAUGACCUCAAGGAUGAGAUGAAGCUGAUGGAGACUGUUUCCAAGCCAGGGCACAAGAGAACGGAUUCCACCCAUAGUAGCAAUGAAUCAGAAUAUACUUACACCUCUGAGAUAGCUGAGGCUGAAUGGGAACCAAUGGGAACUGAGGAACCGAGUGAGAAAAAGGCACCUUUGGACAUGUCUCUCUUCCUCAAGCUACAAAAACGAGUGAAGGAGCUGGAGCUAGAAAAGCAGUCCCUGCAGGAUGAGCUAGAGAAGAAGGAGGACCAAGUUCUCCGGGCCAAGGCCAAGGAGGAAGAAAGGCCUCAGAUGAGAGGAGUAGAGCUGGAAUACGAAUCGCUUAAGCGUCAAGAGCUCGAAUCAGAGAAUAAGAAACUGAAGAACGAAUUGAACGAGUUGAGAAAGGCUCUGAUAGAAAAGAGUGCUCCAGAUGUCACCAUGCCUGGUGCUCCAGCAUACAGGGUCCUUUUGGACCAGAUGACAUCUGUCAGUGAAGAGUUGGAGGUCCGCAAGGAGGAAGUUCUCAUCCUGAGGUCUCAGCUGAUGAGCCAGAAGGAGGCAGUGCAGCCCAAGGAUGAUAAGAACACCAUGACGGAUUCUACAAUUCUUCUGGAAGACGUUCAGAAGAUGAAAGACAAAGGGGAGAUCGCUCAAGCUUAUAUUGGACUGAAAGAGACAAACAGAUCAUCUCCUCAAGACUGUCAUUUGCUGAACGAGGAUGGCGAACUGUGGCUGGUAUAUGAAGGGCUAAAACAAGCCAACAGGCUUCUGGAAUCUCAGCUGCAGGCUCAGAAAAGAAGCCACGAGAAUGACCUGGAGGCCCUUCGCGGAGAGAUCCAGAGUCUAAAGGAGGAGAAUAACCGCCAGCAGCAGUUGCUGGCCCAGAACCUCCAGCUGCCCCCAGAAGCCCGGAUAGAGGCCAGUCUGCAGCACGAAAUCACCCGCCUGACCAAUGAGAACUUGGAUUUAAUGGAACAGCUGGAGAAACAGGACAAGACAGUUCGGAAGCUGAAAAAGCAGCUGAAGGUUUUCGCCAAAAAAAUUGAUGAGCUUGAAGUGGGCCACAUGGAGAACAUUUCACCUGGACAAAUCAUUGAUGAGCCGAUACAUCCUGUGAAUAUCCCAAGGAAAGAAAAAGACUUCCAAGGCAUGUUAGAAUACAAGAAAGAAGAUGAACCCAAACUUGUUAAGAAUCUUAUUUUAGAUCUGAAGCCUCGGGGAGUGGCUGUGAAUCUCAUCCCAGGGCUGCCAGCUUACAUUUUGUUCAUGUGCAUCCGCCAUGCCGACUACCUGAACGAUGAUCAGAAAGUGAGGUCCUUGCUGACUUCUACGAUUAACGGCAUCAAAAAAAUUUUGAAGAAAAGAGGCGAUGACUUUGAAACGGUCUCUUUCUGGCUGUCCAAUACGUGCCGAUUUUUGCACUGUUUGAAGCAAUAUAGCGGUGAAGAAGGGUUUAUGAAGCAUAACACACCUCGUCAGAAUGAACAUUGCCUGACUAAUUUCGACCUUGCUGAGUACAGACAAGUGCUAAGUGACCUGGCCAUCCAGAUUUACCAGCAGCUGGUUCGAGUUCUGGAGAAUAUUUUGCAACCAAUGAUUGUUUCAGGAAUGCUGGAGCAUGAAACCAUCCAAGGAGUGUCCGGGGUGAAACCCACCGGCCUACGCAAGAGAACCUCUAGCAUUGCCGACGAAGGGACCUACACCUUGGACUCCAUCAUCCGUCAGCUGAACACCUUCCACUCCAUCAUGUGCCAGCACGGCAUGGAUCCUGAGCUGAUCAAGCAGGUGGUCAAGCAGAUGUUCUACAUCAUUGGGGCCGUGACCCUCAAUAACCUUCUCCUGCGAAAAGACAUGUGCUCCUGGAGCAAAGGAAUGCAGAUUAGGUACAAUGUAAGCCAGCUGGAAGAAUGGCUUCGUGACAAAAACCUCAUGACCAGCGGCGCCAAGGAGACCCUGGAGCCGUUGAUCCAGGCCGCUCAGCUGCUGCAGGUGAAAAAGAAGACCGAUGAGGACGCGGGGGCCAUCUGCUCCAUGUGCCACGCGUUGACUACCGCCCAGAUUGUGAAAGUAUUGAACUUAUAUACUCCCGUUAAUGAGUUUGAAGAAAGAGUGUCUGUGUCUUUUAUCCGGACAAUACAGCUGCGUAUGCGAGACAGGAAGGACAGUCCCCAGCUCUUAAUGGAUGCUAAGCAUAUUUUCCCUGUUACUUUCCCAUUCAACCCGUCCUCUCUCGCACUAGAAACGAUCCAGAUUCCAGCAAGUUUGGGUCUAGGAUUCAUCUCUCAGGUCUGAACCAAGAGCAGAGUUAAGCUGUUGACCAUCAGUUUCUAUUUAUCGUCUCUUAACGGUGAAAACAAAUUGAGUCUAAAGCCAUUGAGGCACGGAGAGGAGUAGAGGAAAAAGACUGGAAGGGAAUCGUGUGUCUGCUCUAAACCGCAUUGCAGAAAACUGGAAUGCGUCAUAAUUGUUUCACAACUGGAAGCCGAUAGAAACCAUGCACAUUUGUACAAAUUCACACUCAUCACAUGCAGAGGCCUAUCUAAAACUUUUAAGGGUAGAAACCAUGCACAUUUGUAUAAAUUCACUCGUCCCGUGCCGAGGCCUACCUAAAGCUUUCAGGUUAAGGAAAAGAUCAGUGCACCCCUUAAUGUCCCCCCCCCCGGGUUGGUUGCAAGCUCUGUCUUAUAUUUGCAUUGUAAACCAAAAACAAUCUGUGACCGAUAAAUCGCGAUUGGUUUCUUUUUCCUUUCCACGCUAACGUCAAAAUUAUAAUGUGCAUCUGGUGGCAAAGAGCCAAUUGUGUGAAGCGGCUCUGAGAAUCCCAUCCUUUAUUCCGUAUUUCACACGUACACUUUUUUUUUUUUUGUAGAAAACGGUCACCGAUUGCAAAUUGUUUCUGUGUCUCCACUUGCGUGGAAAGGUGUCAUUCCAGUGCAAAGGUGUGAAUGUGUUACCUCCAAUCCAUAAUGUGUUUCUGAUGCUCACGUUGAUCAGAAAGUGAAAGCUGAGAAUAUGUUAAAGUUCCUUGUAUACAAGACAUUUCAGCAUUCUUAAGUCACAAAUGAUUUGCCAGUUAACAGGGACUAGCGAGGAGCUAAAACCAAGUGCGAUUUUCAGAAAGGAUGGAAAUAUUUAGGGGUAGCUUCUGUGUGUGUGUGUGUGUGUGUCUACACAUACAUACAUACAUACAUACAUACAUACAUACAUACACACAGAGACUCAUAUAUACGUAUAUAUAUAUUUCAAAGACCUGAAAAUUUAAUAGAGACAGGCAACAUACAGUAUCAUUGAUCAGGCAUUUUGCCUGUACAAACCAUAAAAACCAUGAAAUAAAUAGAAAUAGUCAUCCUCUUAGAAAGCACCAUUCAUUAGGACAAAGUUAAAUAAGUUGUGGUUUUUUUUUGGAUAGGUUUCAACCUGAGAGAUAAUUGAUCAAAUUAAUUGAUUGCCUUCCUAUUUAUGCCAGUGUGACAUAAAUAAUGAACUAAUGAAAAGUAUUUUAGUUUACAGUCUGGUACAAUAGAUGGUACAAUCUGUUUCAAACCAUAUUAGAAGUGUCGCGGUCUAUGGUGUUCUUUUAAAUGUACAAUAAUUUUUAAGGAGCAGAAAUGCAAGUUUGUAAAAUCACUGCAACUUUAAUAGUCUGGUCUUUUAAUAUGAUUUAUGCCAGUGUCAAGAAACAUAUAAGUAGUAACAGGAAACGAUAACUAAGCACAAUCUAAAGAAACUGGAACCUCUUUUCUAAAGUCAAAGAACAACCCACCGAUAUUAUAUUUUAUAUUUAUUUAUUUGGUUUGGUGUAUGUUGCUUUUCAUUUUUUGGUCUUUUAUUUGCUGGAUGUGUAAUGAGAAUGUAAUAUUUAUUUUGUAGGUUGGGAAGGAGUUUUUUUUAAUAGGGAAAGCGUUCAUCUAAAAUGCAUCUCAAACAUUUAAUCUGGAAAAGAAGCUAUUCCUCUACUAUUAGUACCGCUCCCAAUCUUAUGAUUUUCUUAAAAGCUUGCUACGUAUUCAUUUUUUAAAAAAUUAAUGCUAUCCCUGAUUUGGACCCACUUUAUUAACAAAAAAAGGAAAUAUUCAUUUUCUGUUUCCAUGGGGACAUUUCAUUUAGACACAUUAUGAAUAUAAUCUAUGUAAAAGAUUUUGCCAACAUCUCUCAGGCUGCAGAUAGAAUAUUUGUCAUGAUUUCCCCCAGUGUGAAACUGACAUUUUGAAAUAUUUCUGGACCCUCACUUCAAGUUCUCCGGGCCCCCUUUUUAAAAAAAAUAAAAUAAACCAGGUGGGGUCAGUGAUGAUCAGAUAUACAAAAGAAGAUGUUACAUAUCCUGAAACUGCCGUGUGCAAUAUUUUAAUGUAUCCUAACAACUGAGUUGUGUUUACUUUCAAACAUAUCUCUGCUGUAAAUGCACAUUAUUAAAAAGGUCUAGUACUGGACUUAAUUUCUCUGCGCACCUAAAAGAUGCUGUCACUUGAAACAGCUUUAAAUAGGUUUUCAUGUGCAAAAGAGAUGUGACUGACAGGGACACUGUUGAGGUAAUUAAAAGACACCCCCUCCCCAUUCUUUUUGUUUUGUUUUCUUGUGGGAAGGGAAGGAUAUGCUCUUUAAUUGAUUUUUUUUUAAAAAAAAUAUUCAGGUACUCAAGUAUUGCCUUUAAUACAUGUUCUUUAUUUAUGAUACAUUAAUAGGUCUUUACUUGAAAAUGUGCAUUUUCUUUUAUAGCUGGCACUACGUUUAACAAAAAACAACUAAGAGGAUGUGUUCCUCCUAGGAUUAGUUUAAAAUGCUCUAUUAAAAGGUCAACUUUCUCUGUGGCUCUAGCCAGUUGGAGUUUGUUACUACAAAGAGGCUGAAAGUUGAGGUCCUAGAGUGGCCAUUUCCGCCCCCAUGGCUUCCUAAAUUAUCUGAACUUUAUUCUCGUAAUCUCCCAGCCACAGGUGUAAAUUAGUCAAUUUCCCGUUUGUGUGGUCAGUUUCUCUGUGUGUGGGUGUGUGCUGUGCAGUCAAACAAUAGGUGUCCAAAACACUCUUUUUAGAGAAGGUGAAAAUAUAAAAUAAUAUUUUAACCAGUCAUCUUUAGGGCAACAAUGGAGCACCUUGUGACACUUGUGACACUAUGUGACAUUGGCGGUUGGCCCGGGGGGGGGUGUUAUCUGUCUCCCCCCCCAAGUUUUACAUUCAUCUUACCAGUGAAAUUUGCCCCACUGGUUGUGGAUUGAGAGAGUUCAUGUUCAGAAUCUUAGAUGGCAAAGUACACUAACUUUUCAAUACUCACUGGAUUCUUAGCAUCCUGUAUAACAGGUAUGUCCACCCUUGGCAGUUUUAAGACUUCUGGAUUUCAACUCCCAGAAUUCCCUAGCAUGCUGGGAGUUGAAGUCCAUAGGCCUUAAAAGUUGGAUUCCCCCCCCCACUGCAUAAUGAAAAGGCUGUAAGAGAAAUUAUAUAAGGAGACAGCAUUACUUUUAACAUCUAGCAGCCCAAUUACCGUAUUUCUCCCCCCCCUCCUUCCCCCUCCAGCCAAUAUAUCUUUUUACUGAGUUUCUAGAAAUACUGGAAUCCUGCCUUUUCAUUUCAACUAAGUAAUUUUUUCCCCAAGAAUUUGACAAUUCCAGAAGCGAUUACGAUAUUAUUUAGAUAUAUGGUUUUUAAUUUUUCAUUUUGUUUGUAUAAAAGCCUUACUGUAUCUUGUUUACUAAUAGGGGGGAUGGAUGCCUGUCGGCAUUAUCCUUCUACUGAGAAAUCUGAUUAAUGUAUCUUUCUGUCCCAUUAAAACCGAAUGCUGCUUUCCAUGUUUUAAAGGAGUUCCGAGUUUAACUGUGCUCUGUAAUUCAUCCAAUGCUUUACAUAUCAGUAUUUUACGUGCACUUUUUAUGGGUCUAAUAUUUUACGGUUACAUGCUAGAAAAGCAGCUGUUUUCAAGUUAGAAUUUGUAGCAUCUAACACAAUUUCGAGUUUUGCUUAUUCCCCCCCCCUUUAAAAUAUGAUCAUGUUGUUUUAAUGUGGAAGUGUUGCCAUCUCUUUUAUUUUAACUGAUAUUCUACAAUUUCUCUCCUUCCCAAGUGUGCUGAAAGACGUGCUUUUGAAAUGUAUAGACCCAAAAUAUUCUUCCAAUAUUACCUCAUUACUGUAGGUUUCAGAUAGUUUUCGCUUUUCUUCUAAUGUUCUCUGCUCCUAUAAUAUAAUAUUGCGCCCCGCGAUUGGAAGAAUGUUUUUCUUGCUUAGUCUGGAACAAUUUUGUUUUAUGGAAUGUGCAAUUGUGCAAUCCUGGGCAUCCUUUUAAAGCCCUAAGAAAGUUGCAGGUAAGGAUUAAAUGCACUGUAUUCAAAACAUGUUUGCUUUGAUCAUACAGCUCCUUUCUUGCUUGUGCUGAUCUGUUCGUUUCCAGUGCCCAUCCCCAGAAUAUUUUAAGAGGGCUGGGGGCAUUGAUUUGUCUGUUUCCAUGUGUACAAAGCUUUGUGCAUCAGACAUCAAGUCACAAUAAAUUUGCACUAUUCAUAAUAGGUCUUUCCUGCUGGUACAAAUAUGUCUGCUUUUGGGGGGCAGAUUGUCCAAGGACAAUCCAGUCUCACCCACAGCAGACUUUAGCAAAAUAAACAAUUUCAGGUCUACACGUGGAUACAGAGUUAUUAUUCUUGAUCCCAAUAGUAUUUUUUCUCAAAGCAAACACUCUUCAGUUAAUUUGCUAUCUCAAACCAUUGUAUCUUUUUUUUGCUUUUGAGACUUUCAAAACUGGACACAUUUCAACUGGUUUUUUGUUUUGUUUUUUUAAAAAUGGCUUGAUCACUGUACUUUUAAACUAGCCAUUCCUUUUGAAGCAAAAACAACAGGGUUUGAGGUCUUUUACCCACUAGGCGUAGAUAGAAACCAAAAUGUUAAUCCGAAUGACUUAAAGCUUGGAAUUGUCAUGGCGUCUGACAUAAUUAAUAAAUGUAUGCUUCGUAAAUGCUGUAUCUUAGAAGAAAUGUCCAAAUAAAAGGAAACGCUAAAAAGUC